AUGAGUGAGUAACUAUCAAAGAGAGGGAGACCCAAAGGCUCUAAGAAUAAAGUCAGAGAUCCUAAUGAUACCAAAAGCCUCUUAUUCACUCCUGGAAAGAAGAGAGGUAGAAAAGCAAUGAGAAAAAGCAAAUAUAGUAAAUAUGAUGGUUCCUAAAUGGAAGGCCAUAGCAUAGGUGUAAGAUUGGAAGAUGAUGGUUCAAUUUCAACAGCUAAUUCUCAAUCUAGUACUAGCAGUACUGACGGUCAUAGCUCAGAGGAUUCAUCUUAAGACAACAAAAAGUCGCUGAAUCCCAAAUUCAGAAAGAGAAAGAUAUAUGAAAGCUAAGAAGAAGUCUAGAAAGCUAUACAAAGAAAAGCAAAUGUAAUUCUUAAUGACAAAGCUACAAAAGAAUACUAAGCUUGCAUUGUUAAGGCUAUGAAAUGCUUGAAUUAUUCAAGAGAGAUGAAAAGUGUGACCAAAGAUUAGAUAAAAUACUAUGUCAAUAAAGCGAUCUCUUACUAUAGGAAAGGAUUUGAUCACUCCACUACAGAUUAAUUGAAAGCGAAAUUGCAUGUCCUAAUAGCUGAGUGCCAUAUGGAGUUAUGUCCAAAAUAGUAUGAGCAUGAUUUAAAAGGGAAAUAAAUAGCAAAAGCUUGUGAAUCACUAAAGAAUGCCUUAGCAAUAUCAACUGACUUUGAUGAUUAAGUAACUGAUGAUUACGAACCUAAGAUAAAAUCGUUGAUUUAAAAAUAGCUCAUAGAAAAAAUUGAUGAUGGUGAGCUAUUAUGUACUCUGUUUGAGAUGAUAUUCUAGUAGCUAAACAAAAGAAUGCCAAAAUUGUUAGAUUUUGUGGGAAGUGAGCUAUAUCAAAGCUACUUCAGAAUAGCUUGUGAGAUAUCUGAUCUCAAAGGAGAUUUAGAAAAUGCAAUGAGAUAUCUCAAGUAAUGCAAGGUCAUAUCAAAGACGAUCGGAAUUAAAGACAAUGCUAUCAUAGACAUGAAGCUUUAAGAAAUAAAGAAAGUUAAGAAGAGAAAAUGUAACGAGAAGAGUGCCAUUGAAGCUAAAAAUAACAUUCACUUAGGAGAUGUUUAUGCCUCUAAUAAUUAGAUAGAUGAAGCAUUAAUUCAAUACAGAUAAGCACUGAAAAUGGCUAAAGAUUGCAAUGAUAUUGAAACGGAAGCACUUUGCAAUUUUAGAAUUGGUAAAACUCUAUUCUCAAUAGACUAAUAACUUGACAAAGCUCGUAAUCAUCUAGUGGAUUUCUAGAUAUAGUGCUAAAUGGGCAAAGAAAAAGGAGAUAAUUUGAGUAAAAAAUACAAAGAAGCUAAUUAUAUGCUUGGACUCAUCAAUGAUAUACUAUAAAAACGAAAAUCACCAAAACAAAAGCUUUCAAGGUACGAAGAAUUACUUCAAAGAGAAAAAUAUUAAUCAAAAGAUUCACAGAGGAAUCCUAGUUCGAAAAGAGAUUCUAAGCAGAAAGCUGCAGAUGGAAAAUCUGUAAACCCUCAAUAGAAAGAAAGAAAAAUGAAAAUAGAUUAUCAGAAGAUAUAUUAAGAGUACAUUCAAAAUAAAAACUCAGGAACUAGUUUAAAUAGAGGAGAAAAUGGAAAAGGUUAAGAUAAGGAGGAAUAUAUUGCGAUAUAUUCAAGUAUUUCAUCCAGAUAAGCAGAACUCAACUGA